CCAUAAAAUCCGCGAGCACGCGAGCAGUAGACAGACGUGGGCGCACGAGGGCACGACACUCUCCAUGGCGUGAAGUAAUCCGCGAGUUCGUGGACGUUGGUAGGGCGUGUAUGGACACGGACUCUCGACGUCGCGCUGCUUUCCGCGUGUGCGCGAGUUGUGGCGGGCGGCGUGCGUGGGGGAUGUGGCUCUCAACAUCGCGGAUAGAUCCGCGAGCUCGCGAGUGUGGGAUGGGUGAGCUGCGUGUGGUAUUCUCGACCUCGCCACCUUUUCCGCGAGUGCGCGGCAUGCGGGGAGUUGCAGUAGUGCGGGCUCUCAAUCGCGCCAAGGAAUCCGCGAGGUCGCGGCUGGGGAUGUGCGCAUGGUUGGCUGCUGCUUGCGUCCGCGGGGUCGUGGAGAGUGGCGCGAGCACGCGAGUGAGCCUAAUCCCGUCGACUCUCACGAACUCAUUUCGUGAGCUUCUUUUUCCAAACGAGGUUUCCGGACGAGAUGAUCUAGGUUUAACCUCGAGGGGUUUCCCCGAGUUUUCUAGACCGGUUUCCCAGGCUCAUUAUCCCAAUCCACGAAUGGCUCGGAAUAAGAGGAGCCUAAUCCGUACUUCCUCGCGAACUCACUUUUUAUUCUCCUUUUCCUUUUUUUUUGUAGGGAGAGGCACACAAGGAUACAUCACAAUUACAAUACAUAAUCAUCUCAACUCGAUCGAAAUGUACCACAAGUGUAUAGAUAACACGUUUACAACGAUAACACACGUUCACGUGAAAGCGCAAAAAUCAGACCUCAAAGUCCUUGUCGAUCCCCGCCAUGGUCCGACACAACGAACUCCAUUGUAUGCAACGCAUAAUCGAUUAUCGGCGUUUGCCGUAACUAGGUACCUACAAACUCAAAUCCCGGUAAAAACACAAAUAUGUGGCACGCCCGGCAAGACGUGCCUAAAACACACAAGUCGAACCCAAAUAUCUCAAUACGACUACUCCGGCAAGAGUAGUAAUCCAAGCACAACGAAUAUAAUGAAGGUACGGAAAUACAAAUCGAAAUCGAGACGGGCUUUCGUAGCUGGACUGAGAUUCGAUCUAGCCGCAGAAGUCCGAUUGGAGCGGUCGGAUACGAUGCAUAACGCCAUGGAGGUGGCCCGCCGACGAGAAGACCAUCUAGACGCUACGCGAAGGGGACGGGCGGAUAUGCGAUACACCGACACGCGGCGCACGGGGCCAAACCCAGCCACGGCCGGCACACGGCCGAGCGUCGGCAAUCGGCCAGCGGGGUCGAUAGUAAGGCGACUGUCUCCCGAGGAAGUUAAACGUCGACGAGAGAAAGGCUUAUGUUUUAAAUGCGAAGAGAGGUUUACACCGGGUCAUCAGUGUAAACAAGCCUUUGUGAUCGAGGUUGCUAAUCCCGAUGAGGAAGGAUCUGAGAACGAGGAGGAACCACAUCAGGAUAUCGUAGUUGAAGGGCCUGACGAAGAAGCGGAAAUUUCAAUGCACGCGAUGGCUGGGAUACGAGGCCCUCGAACGAUGCGGUUGCCGGCCUGGGUCAAGGAUCGAAAGGUAGUGGUGCUAGUGGACAACGGGUCAUCACACAACUUCAUCAAUGCCGAGUU